GCCAAUAAACUACAAAAUCAACUCACCCUCCCACCUCGUAAUGAUUCACUCCAUGGUCAUACCACUUUACAAAACUUCAACUUGUUACCACACACACAUGUUACAUAUUACACCUUCUUCACUACAUUCUUCAAUUUAAAUCCUUAUUGCUCUGCUGCCAUACAAUCAAGACCUUUACAAAUCCUCACACUCUCAAUUCCUCACACCUCAAACCCUCACAAUGUCGUCAAGCUUUGAUGGCAAACAAGCUACGAGCGAUGAUGCUCACAAGCCAUUCUCAACUACCUCGGUCGCGGGCAAUUCAUCAGCUCAACGCAAUGGAUAUAAUCAUUCUCGCAGUACAGGACCUGCGCAUUCCGAGAACCCGUUGAUCAGCGUUCAGCCGCCAAGAAGAGAAGAUCUUCAACCCUCCUAUGCCCAAGUUCUUCAAGGUGAUGAUGAUACCAGCACAAACGGCUGGUAUGGAAGCAUGAUUAAUGCUCUCGGUUCAUGUAUUGGUACUUGCGGUGCUAUCCCGUGUUGUAUCAUCUGCCCAAAUCCAUAUAAGCCCGUAUCGCAGGGUAACGUUGGUCUUGUUACUAAAUUUGGUCGCUUCUAUCGUGCAGUUGAUCCUGGUUUGGUCAAGAUUAAUCCUCUCAGCGAACGUCUUAUUCAAGUCGAUGUGAAGAUUCAGAUUGUUGAGGUUCCACAACAAGUUUGCAUGACCAAGGACAACGUCACCUUACAUUUGACCUCCGUCAUCUACUACCACAUUACUUCUCCUCACAAGGCUGCAUUCGGUAUCUCUAAUGUACGACAAGCAUUGAUCGAACGUACACAAACUACUCUUCGUCACGUAGUUGGUGCUCGUGUCUUACAAGAUGUCAUCGAACGCCGGGAAGAAGUUGCGCAAUCGAUCGAAGAAAUCAUUGAGGAUGUUGCAUCAGGAUGGGGUGUUCAGGUUGAGAGCAUGCUCAUUAAGGAUAUGAUCUUCAGCAACGAACUUCAAGACUCUCUUUCCAUGGCCGCUCAAUCUAAGCGUAUUGGAGAAUCCAAGGUCAUUGCUGCUCGUGCUGAAGUUGAAUCCGCUAAGCUCAUGCGUCAAGCUGCCGAUAUUCUAUCCAGUGCUCCAGCUAUGCAAAUCAGAUAUCUCGAGGCUAUGCAAGCUAUGGCCAAAUCCGCCAAUAGCAAGGUCAUUUUCCUACCAAGUGCAUCGACUAUCGGAAGCCAAAUGGCAAAUGCUCUGGGAGAAGGUUCAGGAGAUCAUGCAGGUGCUUCGAGCAGCAGAAAUGAUACUGGUGACUUUGGAGGUCAGGAUUCCGGUUUUCAAAGGGCUAUCAAUGCCCACGUUGUUGAGAAUAUCUAAAUGAGGAUUUUCACUAACGCACAAAUUGCUUCUGUAGCUUGGUCUACUUGAACAUCACUGCAUUUGUUUUUCAAAUAGUCAGUUCUCUGUUUACGAUUGUUUAUCGGAAGCGACAAUUCUCAGCAAUGUGCUUUACGUACUGUCAAUUCUUUUUGUGCGUUUGGGUUUUAAUAGUUAUAUGAUGAGAGGAGGAAUAGAAGAGAGGCAGCCAUCGAUAAUGGUAGGAUGAUAUGUGCGCAUACAGGCGGCUUUGGCUUUUGGGUAUGAUGUUAUAUGAUGCGAUACCAUGGGUUUGAUUGUUUCAUUGCUUUGAGAUUUGAAAGGAAUACCCCUCGGUCGUUUACAAUGAAAGUGUGCA